UGCCUACUCUGCUGGGUCUGCAGCCUCCUCUGCGCCUGGUCAGUGGUGACGGGACACCCCUGCAGCUUUGACCACCAGGGGUGGGCCAACUGCAGUGGGAAGAACCUUCAGCAUGCUCCAAGUUCCCUUCCAAGAAACAUCACCAGUUUGGACCUCUCCUUCAACUCCUUGGUCAUGCCCCAUCACAGGACUCUCUUGAAGCACUUCCCUUCCCUGCACUCUCUCAACCUCUCCAGCAAUGCCAAGCUCACGGUGAGCCCAGCAGUCUUCUCCAACCUCGGGGCGCUGCGUCUGCUGGACCUGAGCAGCUGCAGCAUCACCCACAUCCACAUGGACACUUUCAAGGGCCUGGGAAACUUGCACACCCUGCUUCUGAGAAACAACAGCUUGCAAGAGCUUGAUGUCCCUUUCCUUUUGCCGCUGAAGGCUCUUUUCCACCUGGACCUGCAGCACAACGCACUGGUCUCUGUGGACCCCUGGAGCCUGCAGCUGUUGGAGACGGUGCCACAGGUCCAUCUGGAAGGGAACCCCUGGGCCUGCGACUGCAGCGCGCACCCUCUGCAGCAGUGGCUGCGGCGCAGGCGAGCUGUGCAGGUGACCUGCGUGUCCCCCCCGGGGCUAAGGGGCCAGGAGAUCGCAGCUCUGGAUUCUCAGGACCUGGGCUGCCAGGUUAAGCAGCGGUUUGCCCGUGAGCUCACCACACCGCAGAAUAUCACAGUGACUGAGAACAACAGCACUGCACUGCCUGCCGGGAAGGGGGGAAGGAGCUGGCCAUACCUGGUGGGAUUCCUGGUGACAGCGAUUGGCAUCUCCAUCCUGAUUGCACUGGCUGCCAAGUGCAAGCUUGCCCACAAGAACUUCGCCAGCUACCGCCACCGGCCGCUGCCUGAAAUCAGCUCCAUUGGACGCAGCCCCAUGGAGGAUAGCAGCAACUGGGACAGGGGCUCCUGUGGGAGCCAUUCCAUAACUGAUGCUGCUGACCUGCAAGCUGAGGAUGAUGAUGGCUUCAUCGAGGACAACUACAUCCAGCCCAGUGAGCAGCUGCCAACAAAAGAGGAGCGGGAGUUGCAUCGCUCCGUCUGAGCUUACAAACUUACAGCUCAGCCACCACUGCUGCGGCCUCUUGCUGUCUCCCUAGCUCCACCCCUUUCCUACCUGUCCUUGGCUUUGGGCCCCACAUGUUUGGGGCAGGAGGAAGGGAGCAGA